AAGAUGGAAAUUAAAGAAGCAAAUGAGACACAGAUAUGUCAGUGGAGUGCUGUUAGGAAUAAGGUGGUCAGUUAAUGGAUACACAGUCUUCAGAAUAUGUAUGACAGAACCCUGGAGGCCAAGAAUAGAAUGUGACCUUUCAUGAGCGGUCGAGAGGCGGGGCCAAGAGCCGAGACUCAACCAUUACAACCGCAGAUAGCUGCGUACAGCAUCCCGGCGGGGAAGGGGGCGGUCGUGAAGAUAGGACAGUCACGCUGCACUCUGAAGCCUUCUCGAGGACUACCAUUGUUGUGUGCGGUCACGUGGACUUGUGGAUGCAGGUUUUGGUGAGAUAGUGAGAAGAUAGUGCACGGGGCAGCCACGGAAGGGGUGAUCCUAGGAGAGGAGGGCGUGCGCAUCACCUGCUGAUAGGGAAGGCGGGGAGGUGAGGUGAGGUAGUCAGGAGUCGCCGCCGCGCCAGUUGCCACCGGUUCCCCGGUACGAGGCCAGUCGAUAUCGCUGCUCUGCUGCUCCCCACUGCUGCUGCUUGUGUGACAGCUUCCCGCUGCUCUUCCUGGCCCUCCGGCCCCUCUCACACGUGCAGACACCCCGUACCACCCCCCCCUCUCUCUCUCUUCCUUCCUUCUCCCUUGUUGCACACUCACUCGUUAGUUCACACCAGCUAUUAGCGAUGCUGACUCCUGCAGACUCGCUGAACAUACGCAGACCACUCUUGAGCGUAUAUCUCUGAACACAAAGUGUACUCACUUCGACACAAAGUGAAAUUACGAAUGAUAACAAUGGUUAACAAGUUGCUGUAGUAACCACAACGGCAAUCAGACGAACGGCAAGAAGAAGUAUUCAAACCAAGGCAAGAGGAAGCAGAAGGAGCAACAGAUCAAGAAGCAACAGGAGUAACGGGAAGUUGAAAUAGGUACUGAGCAAGAGGAGGCAAGAGAGGCGUAGAGAAGAGUAGAGAAGAGGUGCUGAGAUUGGCGUAAAGGUGAUAACAUGAUGAUCACAGCGCCUCCAAGCUCGUAGAGGAGGUGACCAAUGUUCCGGCCAACUUCCGAGUCCAAAACAGUCGUGUUUCACCCUCAUAAGAUGUUUGCCUCCCGACGUAAGAGCCUCCCGGACGCGUCCGCCCUCCCUUCAGCUUCCUCAGGCAUCGCUGCUCGCAACACCAAGAGACGAGCUUCAAAUGGCUUUCUUAACCCAGAGCUGAUGGCGGUGCCAGGUGACGUAGGAUCAGCUGGGUUGAGUGGUGGUGGUGGUGGCAGCGGUCUGGGUGACGGACGCUUGCUUGUGGCAGAUCUCAGACACCAUAACUUUGAUGCUAUCCGCUUCGCUUCAUACCGCACUGCUGCCAAGCUCCGCUUCGUACAGAAGAAAACGAAUAUGCAUCGGGUUGAUAUCUGGAAUAUAAUUGAAGCUUUUCGUGAAAACGGACUCAACACAUUAGAGCCAUACACUGAAGUCAAGGUAUCGCGUUUGGAGACGUUAAUAUCAACUCUGUACCACAGUUUAAACAAGAGAUUACCAGUGGGUCAGCAUGUUGUGAUCGAGUCAUCUACCUCAAUACUUCUAAACUGGUUGCUGUCUGCAUAUGACAAAGAUGAUGAGGGAAAACUUCGUGUGUUUAGUGUGAAGGUUGCACUAGCCACUCUGUGUAGUAGCAAGCCUCUGGAUAAACUCAGAUAUAUAUUCUCACAAAUAUCUGAUGGCAAUGGACACCUUUCACUUAGUCGUUUUUCCGAGUACCUGAAGGAAGUCUUAUCACUACCAGCUGCUGUCUUUGAGUCUCCAAGUUUCUCGUACUCAGAAAAUCUAGUCACUCAUAUAUUUGACGGGAUAAAGCAAAUCAAUGUCAAUGAUUUCUUAGAAGUAGUUCUGGAGGAUCCAGGUCCAGAAUGUUUGGCCUGGCUGCCACUUCUACACCGUCUUGCUGCUUCAGAGUCUGAUGCUCUGUGGGCUGUUGAACUGAUUGACGAUGCCUUUUUUGAUGAAUUCAUCCACCAGACCAUGUGUGAUGGAUGCAGGAGAGAGAACUUCAGUGGGUUGCGGUACAAGUGCGAGAAGUGCCAUAACUACAGCAUGUGUCAGGAGUGCUUCUGGCUGGGGCGUUUUUCGCCGCCUCACUCCAUACAUCAUCAAGUCAAGGAAUACACUUCCUUCACCCCAACUCGGCAUUCUUUCCGCCGUAGUUUGCGCUGUGUACCUGAUAGACCAUCAAUAGAUAGACCACGGUUUCCCGAACAUCCUGAGAAGACCUUAAAUCUUUCCCAUAUAGUACCUCCUUCGCCUCUUCCUACCCACAAUGGUUUUGAAGGAGGGGCUGCAGCACCUCCGCCUACCACGCUGGACAGUCGUUCCUCCAGCCGGAGCUGUGUCAGCAGCUUGCCUGACUGGAGUCAGCUGGAUGAAGAACAUCGACUUAUCGCUCACUACGCCGCCCGUCUGGCUAACCAGACUUCCCACUCGGGGAGUGAGAGUGUUGACUCCAGUCCUGGAUUUGACGCGUCUUCAGCACAGCGUGAGCUUAUCCAGUCACUGGAAGCAAAAAACAGGGAUAUUAUGAGAGAAAUCAAUGCUCUAAGGAACAGAGUGUAUGUUUGCAGGCGGCAGCAGGAGCGAGUCGAGGGUAGCAGCAACCCGACCCUGGUAGCUGAGUUAAGAGUUCUCCGGUCACAUCGCCAUGAACUGGAAUCAAAUCUAUCCUACCUCCAAGAUUCGCGCAAGCAGCUAAUGCAGCAGCUAGAAAGCCUCAUGAAAAUGCUCAAAAAUCACCAAACCUCGCCCACGACACCAAAUGGAUCACCCAAAUCUCCACCAUUUUCUACAACUGGAACAGUAGGGAGCAGCGUGAUGUCUGACGUUCCCGGUGGCACUCACGUCUCUACAGCAUCGUCACGUUCAGCGCCUCCCACACCAUCACACUCAGCUCAAGUAUCAACUUUAGAUUCUCUUUCUUCUCUACAUGUUGAUGGUCUACAGUCAGCAGUAUCUUCAGUAUUCUCAAGCGCAGGUUCAAGCUGCACUCCAGAUAAUUCUCCUGAUGAUAGUUUAGCCUCACGAAGUUUAAGGAACGACCUGUUAGUGGCGGCUGAUUCUGUGACAAAUGCAAUGUCCAGCCUUGUUCGGGAAUUAAACUCAGAAAGUUCAGAUGAUGACUUGCUGCUAAGCCGUCAGCUACCUGAGCGAGACUACGACUUCAAGGGCUUAUAUGAAAGCCCAGCAUGGCAUAGCAUAACAGAUGGGACUUACAGUGAAGAUGAGGGCCCGUUAUCUCAUCUCCAUAUCCGCAAAGCUAGUGGAGACGCGUCUCUACCUAACACACAGGGUGGAAUAGAGAGCAACAAAUGGCGCAAGAGCUUGGUAGGCAAUGAACAAGAUGACUCUAUUCCAAGAAAAGAAAGCAACACACCAGACUGGGAAGAAGCUGGGAUGGGAUGGGUCAACAGGUAGAACACAAGCAAGGUAUAUCACACAUCUCCGGCAGAGUUGCAAGAACAAGAUCAUCAUCUCUAUAAAGAGACAUAAGGCAGAAAAAAAAGGCUUUGUUCGGGACGUUCCGCUCUAAAGUGAGCUUUAUCAAGACUUAAUGAAGCUUCUGAAAGAAACGUGGCCUAAUAUAAAAAUGUUACCCUGCAUGACUCUUCUUUACACCUCCUAGUCGCCUUGCACCAGUCAGCAGCACCAACUCUGCCUGGUGACACCUGUUCGUCUUGACUUUGCGUUUUCGGACUUGUCUAUAAAAGGAGGUUGGCAGACAGGACGUAUGAGAUAGUGUAAGAAAUGAUGACAUAUCAAUUAAAGAAAAGCUUUCAAGCUAAUAAGUCCAAUGCAACAGUCGUAUUUCUUACAGUAGAACAACAUCAUCCCCCCUAAACAGCAUCAGUACAGUUUAAUGAAACUGUAAAAAAAAAAAUACUCAUUAAUAAAAAUUAAGUAGUUUCGUGAAUGACUGAUAUAUGAAAAAAGUGUUUGUAUGUAUUGCACUAGAAUAUAUGCUGUAAAUUAUAUGUUUAAAAAUAUAAUUGCAUUACCGUCAGUUUGCCAUCAACAUAAUUAUUUAAAACAGAUUUGAUUUCUUCUUGGGCAUACAGUUCUUGAGUUAUGUAGACUCUUUUGUAGUUUUCCUUCAGGCAAGGAUCAACCCAAUGCAUUAUUACUGCAUUAUUACUGCAUUAAUGUAUUCACCUGGGAGCACAGUGCUGCAUAUUGUCUGAUAUUACCCCCCUCCAAAAUGAUAUCAGUAAAUUGAUGUACUGCAGAGGUUAAUCAAAUCUCCAAUUAGUGUCAACUACAAUGUGUAUAUUAUAGUAAUUUCAAUUAAAAAAUAGUUAUUUUGCACUAAAAGCACAUGUUAGUGUUGUGAGAAACUAAAGCUUCCAUGGGGGUGAAUUCAGCUGGGACAAAGUAGUGGAAAGAAAAUCACAUUUCGCGAUGUUUGUGCACAUGUAACAUUUUACGAUGUUUGUGCACAUGUAACAUUUUACGAUGUUUGUGUACAUGUAACAUUUUACAAUGUUUGUGCACAUGUAACAUUUGUUUUGGUUGUAGAGACGUGAUGCCGAGAAUUAUGUGUAUAAAGGCUAUACGUGGAGCAAACUUUUAUUGGGUCAACGUUUCGCUCAUGGCGCAGAUUCAUCAUAACUUGAUAAAGCUCUUCCCUGAGUGAAAUGUAGCGCCAAUAAAACUUGUUCUCCAUAGUGUGUCUUCUUAUCCUAAUU